GUAUUUAGUGCACACUUCUAAAACAGUGAAAUCAAAAUCAAGACAACUCCUACUAGAAUGAUUACGUCGCAAAACGUGCAGAAAAUAUGCUUAUUCGAAAAAGAUCGAGAGAGGAGUUUCAUAAAAUGGCCUUAUUCAAGCUCCAGUUCGUGCAACGUUCAAAAGAUGGCCGAAGCGGGCUUUUGCUGGCAUGGAGACGAUAGUGAGAUAGAUACAGCUAUUUGCUUUGUAUGUGGAAAGGUAUUGGAUGGCUGGGAAGAAACAGAUGAACCCUGGGUGGAACACAACAAACAUGCUCCUCAAUGUUUAUUCGUAAAGUAUGGACGACCGGAAGCACAACUGACGUGCGAAGAAAUGAUCAAUUUGUUGGAGGCCAUUCUGAAGGCUAGAAUCCAAAAUCAAUACAGCUCGUUAAAAAGCAGUCUUCAAGUGCACUUCGAUAAAAAGCGAAAACAAAUUAUGAAGCAACUAUCAAAGCACUGAAUUAUAUAUUUAUCAAUAAAAUAUGCUUUUUAAGGGACAAUCUCUAGGAAUAUUGAAAUACAUAUUUUGGCAAUAUGUCUCUGUUUAUUUGCAUCAAUAUUCAGAACAGUUUAGUAAAGGUUGCAUCUUCACAGACCGAGCACACGUAAUCUUUUGGAUCACCGCAUACAUUGCAUUCCGCCAGAGUUGUUUUCUCCUUAUUGCCUUUUAUCUUCAUCACACGGUCUUCGUCAGCGCAUUUCUUUGCUUGAAUGUCCAAGAAAGCAUUUCUUUCAUUUUCCCAAUUCUCUCUGAAUAUUGUAGCAGUAAAGUACAUAACAUGGAUUCAACGGAUCAUGUGUAGUUCACAUUUCUCUGGCAAUUAAUUUCGUUCCCCCAAUUCUCAGGUUGAACCGAAAUUUUAUCGAUUGUCGUUCAAUGCGUGCCACAAAUUUGUUUACUUAUAUAUUUAUGUAUUUAUCAAUUUUUUUCACCUGACAAUAAAGUAUUCUUAAUGAACAAAUGCC